AUGCAGACUUGGAUGCUAAUAAUUCUUGUUAUGGUGGAAAUUCAGCCACCACUGACUGGAGGAUCUGAAACAUACGAUGACAUACUACAUAAAUUCUUACGCAGAGACAUGUUCAACCCUAAUGCUAUGAUGGGGAGCUCUUCAUCUUUGUUUAACCCGAACGCCAUGAUGGCCGGUGUUUCUUCAGGUUCUAGUGGGACACAAUCGGCCAACAGCCAGUAUUAUGGAAGUUUUAACCCUAACAGUCUAAUGGGAGGUAUGGGAAGUAACAUGUUUAACCCUAAUAAUGUCAACGGAAUGAGUGGUUCAGGGUCGUCACAACAACAAUCAAGUAGUGCAGGACAAUCUGCAAGUACAGGUCAGUCCUCGGGGGGACAAACUAGUUCUGCUUCUUUUAAUCCGAACCAGAUGAAUCAAAAUCAAGGUUCUAUGUUCAACCCUAAUGGAAUGAGUGGAUCACAAUCAAGUGCCUCCACUUCCAGUUCAAAUUUAAAUCCCAUCACCGGAAGUGGAUCAUCGUCAACAGGAUCGCCAUUUUCGUCCUCUCAAUCGUCUCCACAGACUUCAGGAUCUUCGACCGGAAGUCAACCUGGACAACAAGGUUCCUUUGGGACAUCUGCAAAUAGUUUUGGGGGUUCUCAGUCAAGUGGAUCCUCCGGAAGUUCCUCUAGCACGUUUGGAAAUUCCCAAUUAGGUGGUUCAUCUGGAAGUUCUUCAGGUGCAAGCACGUUUGGAAAUUCCCAGAUCAGUGGAUCACCACAAAGUGCCGGCAAUGCUAAUUCUUUCGGAAAACCCUCGCAGAACAGCCAAGGAAUCAGUCAGACUUCUUCUGGUCAGUCACCGUCAACAUCGUUUGAUCCUAAUCAAGUCAAUUCAAACGUGGGACAAGCACAAUCAAGUAGCGGGGGAAAUACCGGUGUUUCAUCUUCCACCAACAGUAUGACACCAGGCUCUAGUAGCGGUGGGUCAUCAGGUUCGUUUAUACCCAGUUAUGAUCCCAAUAACAUUAUUAACACUGGCGGAAAGUAUGAUCCCAACGCUGCUAACUCGGGUGCUGGAACUGGAGGAAAUGCACCGUCUUUCUCCAAAGGUCAAGGAUUCAACCCACAACAGCAAAGUAUUGGAGGUUCCACUUCCGGCUCAUCUUCGGGGUCACAGUCGAGCCAGUCUCAACCUCAAUCUGGUCAGCAGGCUCAGUCACCAAGUGGUAGUCAGUCGUCUUCUACUUCAGGUGGAAGCUCUGGAUCAUUUGACCCGGUCGCAACCAACUCACUGGCUACAUCUGGAUUCAAUCCACUUAAUCCAUUAAUUGGUGCCGAUUUGAACAAGUACAUGGGGCCUCAAAGCAGCAAUGGAGGAGGUAGCAACACCGGUUCUUUCAACGCUGGAUCUGUAAAUAUGCAGAUGGCACAACAAGGAACCAGUCUGAACAUGUUUGGAGGCGCGUCAGCACCUGCAAACGGCGGAAAACUGGAUGCCAGUGCAGUAAUGAGUGGAGCAUCCGGUAUGAGUGGGGGACAAAGUAUGGGUUCCAGUAGCGGGUCUAGUGGCUCCAUGUUCAAUCCAAUGAUGGCAGGGGGUUCAUCUGGAGGAAGUUCAAGUGGUUCGAUGUUCAACCCGAGCGCAAUGAUGGGUGGAGGUUCAUCUGGAGGAAGUUCAACUGGUUCGAUGUUCAAUCCGAGUGCCAUGAUGGGAGGAGGUGUGUCCUCCGGGUCAGGAAAUAGACAGUCGUCAGUAAGCCAACAAGAGACAAGUCGCCGCCAUGUUCGAGCUACAUCCCAGGACAAGCCAGCAUGGAGCAACACUGUGUUCGAGCCUUUCAACACUCAGGAUAUGAAGUCAGGUGAUGGAAACUUGCUACUCCGAUUGCUUAUUGUUUUGUCAAUCCCAGAAUAA